GUAAUAGAGCCGAAAAAGCGAAGCUAGCUGGGCCUUUGCCCUUCGGUUGGGGCUCAACUCGACACAGCUCGACUCAGCAUCAACUCGACAAAAAGAAGACUACACACUACAAAACCCAGCAGCAGCAGCGGCGGCAGCAGCCGAGCCUCUCGACUCAGCCCCCAAAACACUCUUUAAAACGGCGGCGUCUCAGUCCAGCUCGAGCAACACUACGCUGAAGGCCGAGCGUGUGGCGAGUUGAGCUAACAGAUCUGUAAAGCCUCUCGGCUGGAAAUUAGCCUCUUCUCUUCUCUUUCUCUGCAUAGCAAACUAAAAAAGCUCAUCCUUUUUUGCUUCUCUCUCGGCUCGGGGGCUCAGAUCCGGCUCUGAUCUUGCGCCGCCGACCCAACUUUUUCCGGCUUCGUUCUUCCCUCCAUUUCCAUCUCUCUCCGAGUGUUUUUUUUUCACUCUGUUAUCGUAAGAAGUCCAAUCUACGCCUCAAUUCAGUCCUUCAUGAUUGUGUAUCUUAGCACUGACAGUUUGAAUUGGGGAGAAUUUCGUACGCAGAGUUUCCAUUUCUAAUUAAUUUUAAGACAGGAGCUGUCAGUGCUAAGGCAGGAACCGGAUGGAUUGGACUUCAAAUAAUGCAUUGAAACCUUUCAGAGAUAUGGAACCAAAAUCCGUGAUGGAUAUGCCACUCAUUCCAAGCAUUGAUCCGAUAGAUAUUGGAUUGGGUUCUUCAGAAAAGGGAAAUUCUAUUACUUCAGCAAAACCAAGAAAGAAGACGAUGACAUCAGUUUAUCUCAAGUUUUUUGAGACAGCUCCAGAUGGGAAAAGUCGGAGGUGCAAGUUUUGUGGACAGAGCUAUUCCAUUGCAACUGCCACUGGUAAUUUGGGAAGGCACCUGAGUAAUCGGCAUCCAGGAUAUGAUAAGUCCGGAGGGGAUGCAGUUAGCAAUUCAGCACCACAGCCCAUUACUGUAAGCAAGAAGUCUCAACCUCAAGGGAAGGUACCUCAGGUGGAUUAUGAUCAUCUAAAUUGGUUGCUAAUUAAGUGGCUCAUUGUAGCUUCUCUCCCUCCUUCGACCUUGGAAGAAAAGUGGUUGGCAAACUCUUAUAAGUUUCUGAAUGCAUCAAUACAACUAUGGCCCGGUGAGAAGUAUAAAGCAGUAUUUCGUGAAGUUUUCAGAAGCAUGCAGGAAGAUGUAAGAGCAUCUUUGGAGCACAUUUCUUCAAAGUUCUCAAUCACACUUGACUUCUGGACUUCCUAUGAACAGAUUUAUUAUAUGAGUGUCACAUGCCAGUGGAUUGAUGAGAACUGGUCCUUCCAAAAAGUGCUUCUUGAUAUAUGUCACAUUCCUCACCCUUGUGGGGAUGCUGAGAUUUAUCACUCCCUGGUGAAGGUUAUUAAGAUGUACAAUAUUGAGAACAGAGUCCUCUCCUGCCCCCAUGAUAACAGUCAAAGUGCCAUGCAUGCCUGCCAUACUUUGAAAGAGCAUUUGGAUGGUCAGAAAGUAGGGCCAUUUUGUUACAUCCCCUGUGCUGCACGAACUUUAAAUUUGAUCAUAGAUGAUGGAUUGAGGGCCACAAAAUCUGUAAUCUCUAAGAUCCGGGAGUUCGUGCUCGAGUUAAAUGCAUCCUCAGAGAUGUCGGAAGAUUUUAUUCAAUUAACUACAGCAUAUCAAGAAGGCAGUUGGAAACCUCCACUCGAUGCUUCGGCACGGUGGAGUGGAAAUUACCAGAUGCUAGAUAUUGUGCGCAAGGCUAGUAAGUCUAUGGAUGCUGUUAUCAGGAAGUAUGAGGAGACACUAGGCAAUAGGAUGGCGCUGACCUCCACAGAGAAGAAUGUGGUCAGUAUCAUGCAUCAAUAUUUAGAACCUUUCUACAAAACCACAACCAACAUAUGCACAAACAAGGUGCCCACAAUUGGGCUGGUUCUCUUCUUCAUGGAUCACAUCUCCGAGACAAUAGCUGUCUGCAGAGAAUCCCGUCACAGCCCGGAUUGGCUAAAGAAUGCUGCUGAAGACAUGGCUAUAAAGGCCAGAAAUUACAAUAACCAGGUUUGCAACAUAUUUACAUACAUGACAGCAAUUCUUGAUCCUCGAAUCAAAGGAGAGCUAAUUCCCGAAAGUCUCAGCUCAGACAAUUAUCUUGAGGAAGCAAGAACUCAUUUCAUGAGAAACUAUUCUACCACCCAUUUUCCAUCCAUGACUAGUGGUUACAGUGCCCAAGAGGUUGAAGAUGGUGGGAGUGUCUCUUUUGCAGAGGAAAUUGCUCGAAAGAAAAGAAGGGCAAGCAUGAGCACUGCCACUGACGAACUCACUCAGUACCUGUCAGAGCCCCCAGCUCCAAUACCAACAGAUGUUCUGGAGUGGUGGAAGGUUAAUAGUACACGCUACCCCCGACUUUCUGUUAUGGCUCGGGAUUUCUUGACAGUGCAGGCAACUUCCGUAGCACCUGAAGAUUUGUUUUGCAGCAAAGGCGAUGAGAUAGAGAAGCAACGAUUUUGCAUGCCGCAUGAUAGUGCACAAGCUCUCCUUUGUAUCAGGUCAUGGACUCAAGGUGGAAUAAAGUUGAAGUUCAAGUCCACUGAGAUAGACUAUGAGAGGUUGAUGGAAUUGGCAGCUGCUGCUUCAGCAGAUAAUAGUAAUGCUGGUUCUGAGAAGAAACAAAAGUGAUGACAGUGACACAGCAUUGCUUGGUGUAUUAUGGAUAUUUGCCAUCCAUUUCCAUUAUAAAGAGAUGGAACUCUAACCCAGAAAGAUAAAGAAAGAAAAGAGUCAUAUCUUGAGAUGGCUACGUGUAAUUACCUUCCCAUCUCAGGAGGGGAAUGGGUGUGCAAUUGGCAUUUUGCUUUUCCUGUACUUAUUAGGUGAACAUUAUGUACUGAUGUACAGUAAAACUGAAAAACGCUAACCAGAGACGGAAACAGAUUAUAAGUGUAUCUGAUUAUUUGAACAUACAAGUAAUGUAAUGAAGCAGCCAAGCAAAAUCUUGUUGGUAUUGUAGCCUACCUUUUUUGGAGCUGAA